AUGUCAGAACCGGCCACAAGUACGGCGAGGGCGCGAUUAAAACUGAAACCUUUGGAGUUUACGCCAUUGGCGCCGGAAAGCACGUUUCAAUACGCCGAUUUGAACAUUGUUCACACUGGAAAUAUUGAAAAGUUUAUUAUUCCUUUGUGAAUUGCUAAUUUUUUUUAUUUUAGUACAAUUUCAAUGGUUCGUCGGGCGAUUAGGAUGGGAUACGAUGCGGUGGCGAUAAAUAUUGAUAUCGGGGACAUUGCCGAGUACCAAACCGAAGUUAUUGUUUUAUUUUUUUGUGGUUUUUUUAAUAUUAAAUAAGAGGAUAAAAUAUUUAAAGACGUUUUUUUCAGCCCGGAGCCGAUGUUCAAUUGGAAGCCAGUGAAGAGCCGCCGAAGAAAAAGAAGAAAAAAGGAGGAUCGGAAAAUUUAGGGGUUCCAUAAUUCUUAAAUCGAUCAUUUUAUGAAAUUUUAUAUUUUCCAGAUCAAGAAACAAUUACCAAAGCCGUUUUACGUGGAUCAGAGCAAAUUGGAUUUGAACGACCUGAAAAAAAGAGGCAAAGUUUUUAGGCAGUUCAGGUUUUUAUUUUCUCGAAAAUGAUUAUUUUUCAAAAUUGAAAAUUUUUUCCAGUCGAAUAACGUUCACGGCUAAUGCCCAGGUUGUUCUCAACAAGACUUUUAAUCAUCCUAGGAUUUUAGUGAGUUUUGAGAUUUUUUUAAAAAAAUACUUUUUAUUUGUUCAGGAUUUUGAUUUGGUGGCGGUUCGGCCGGGAAACGACUCGGUUAUCGAAACUUUGUCGAGAAAAGUUGAACAUUUCGAUAUUAUUACUGUGCAGGCCAAUGAACAGGUUUCAUUUAUAGAAUGAUUGGUGAGAAUACAAUUUUUUGUGAAAGUAGGUUUUUUUCAUGAAUUUCGAACGAAAAAGUUGAAAAUUUCACUCCUAACUCAAAUUUUUCGCUUGAAAAUGACAUCGCGAAAAUAUUUUUAUUCAGAAAAUUUUCGCAUGAUAUAACUCAAUUCAAUUGUGAAAACCUUUUCGAGUUUUAUUUCCUUGUUCGAAAUAUCAUUUCCAGGUUUAAAAAUUGGAUUUUGAUGUUUCAAGAUGCUUAUUCGAAUCCAUCAUACAAAAUUUGAAUAUGAUCGUUUUUUUUUAAAUUUUUUUUUCGAGCAGUCAUUUUUGGCCUCUACUCUAUAUAAAGGAAAAAGGUCUUUCCAAAUUUGGACAGAGAAGUAAAUUCAGGUGAAAAUCCAGGUUUAAAACUGGAAAAAGCAAUAAAUAGGAAAAAAAAAGUUUAACACGGGAAAAAAGUUCCCGUUUUUUUCGGACUUUCUCACGUAGAAGAAAAUUGAAUUUUGGUUUUUUAAAAAAGUCGAAUCAAUUUUUUUGCAGACACGAUGGCUCUCGGGUACGAAAAUAUUAGAAAGAAUCCGAGGCGAAGGGAUUUUCUACGAGUUGAACUACGCCGAAGCGUUAUCCGACAGGAAUACACGGCAAAUCGUUGGUGUUUUUUUUGUUGUUUUAAGGCUUUCAAAUUUGAGAUAAUACCGUUUUUUUCUAUGUUCUCAUACCUAAAAUGGUUGGUUUUUACCUUCGAGGUGACUCUUAAAAUUCGAAUUUUUUUAUUUAAAAAAAUCUGACUUUUUUUCUCGCGUAACUUGGCCAUAUGAAGUUUGUUGGAAAUCUCGUCACGUAUUACAAAAAAAAAGUAAUUCUGACCGAAAAUAAAAUGUGAAUUGCGUGGAAUAGGCUAUAAAAUCUGUUCAGAUUUCGAUAUUCAAGUAGCUAACUCCGCCCUCAAGGGCUACUGUAUCUUUCGCGUCGAUUUUUCAUCCUUACUAUGAUCCUUUAAUGGCGAUACAUUUUUUGAAUUUUUUCUGGGUUUGAGAUCGAAAAAUAUCAACAAAAUGUAGCUCUAUAAAUAAUCGGAACGAAAAUCACGACUGGUUUGAGCCAUCGAAAAAUGGGUCCUGACACGAUUAGAAAGGAGGUAGUGCCUGAUUGGGGGAGAGCGCAGACAGGCCACGCCCCUUCGCUUCCUAAUUUAGACGAGAAUUGGCCAUAGUCUGAAUGUCAAGUGCAAUAACGUCAUUCAAAAACACUCUGUGGAUGGCUCGCUCUCUGAUUGGUUUAUCGCGCCAUUAGGGGGCGGAGCUUGAGAGACGACUUGACAUUCAAAAUCUGAACAGACUAUGUACUGUAGCCAGGGGUUCUGAAUCUUAACGUUAAAAUCUGAAUGAAUCGGAACGAAGAUUUGCAGUCCCUGUUCAAUGGGCGAGUUCUGUUGCGUGCGAUGCGGUCGCGUGGCGUGCUCAUGUCGAGCGGCGCCCGCCAGAUGAUCGACCUCCGCGCGCCGGUCGACGUCAUGAAUCUGGCCUUUCUCUGGGGCGUCACCAAUGCCAACGCCAGGAACUUGAUCUCAGGUUUUUGAUUUUCAGAAGACCAGAGUUUUUUUGCUAUCCGCUAUUGAACUCGUUUCUCACCAUUUUUAGAGCUCCUAGAACUUGAAAAAAUGAACUAAAAGCCCAUCAGCCUUUUUCAACGGUAAUAUUCGCUCCAUAGCAAAUUUUCUCACAAUUUUACCUUUUUUUAAGAUUUUCCAAGCCUUGAAAACUAAUUAUUGAAUGAUUUUAAUAAGUUCAGGCCACCCGAAAGCGGUUCUUCUCCAAGCGGAAUGCCGGGGGACCGAAAAUGGAGAAGUUCAUUCGAUGCCUCUAUCCAGUGCAGAAGUUGGGGAGUCGGAAGACUCUGCAAAGGACGACGAGCCGAUGGAGACGUCACAGGAGGACGCUGUGAAAAAACCGCCUGUUGAGGUUUGGGAGAGGCAAAUUGGCCUUGGAGCGAACUUAGCUCAAGAAAAUGUCUCGGUUGUGGUUUGGGAGAGGCAAAUUGGCCUUGGAGCAAAAUUAACUAGAUAAAAUUUUCCUGUCUGAAACUUUUCAGUGAAUUUUUAAUGGGUUCUCAAGCAGCCUUGUGCGAGGGCCAGCCCGUCAGUUUAUUGGCGCCCGGAACUGCCUUAGGGAGACCUCAAGCAAAAAUGCGCAACACAAAGAGUUCAAACUCUCUUCAGUUCGAAUGACAGGCUUUUCUAUGACAAAAAUCAUGAUUUUGGUUUUUUUUUUCACUUGGUAUUCAACAGAAACGGAUUUGAGAAGUAAAAAAAAAUUGGGGCAAUGAAAAUUUUGGAGUAGAAUGAAUUUUAUUCGAGGGCUGGCCCGGCCUGAGCCCGCAGGCUUUUUUCAAAAAGAGAGGUCAAAAGCUCGGACCAGGAAGCUCAGCAUUACGUUUUGCCUGUUUUCGAGGUUACAAACGACAAAAAAUUACCGUAGCAAGAGUUAUCAUUAGGGCAUGUUUUUCCUAAAAAAACGAUUAUCAAGAAUAUUUACGCUCAUUUCGAAACUUUUUAAUGAAUUUUUAUUGAGUUUGGAAAGUUAAAAUAAAUAAUAAUGAGCAUGAAAAAAACUACUCGGAAAAAACUUUCUGAAGAUCAAAUGCGGGAAAGUUUCAAAAAGUGAUAGAAUUUAGAUUUGAAGCACCAGAAAAUCUCGAAAAAAAGAUGAUUUUUUUCAAUCUGGAUGAUUUAUUUUUUUGGAGAAAAAAACUCAACUAUCAAGCGUUUAGGGUUAACCUUACUAACACGUAAAAAAUUUUCUUUCAUUCCAAAAUUUUUCCUUCAGGUCCAACUCAACAUGCUCCAGUAUGAACGGCUGUUGAAAGCCACCAAAAAAGCUCAUCAAAUGGUAAAAUAUACCUGAAUUUCUCAAUUAAUUGAAUAAUUUCAGGUAAAAUCGAUCCGAGAAACGAAAACGGCGACUCAGGAAAGUGCUGAAAGUAUGGAGACGUCAUGA